AUGAAACCCUCCGCAGACAUGCUUGAACUCAUCGCCUGUGCUGUUUUGGUCCUUGUGAGCUGUGUGGGGAACACGUGUUUAUUUUACACCACCAGGAAGUGCAUCACUGGACGUGUGCAGGCAUCUUUUCUUGUCAUUUUUAGUCUUGCAUCUGUUAACCUUAUUAAAACCUUGGUGGUGAACGUCAUAAGGAUUGUUUACUCUUCAGGGAUCACAUUGGAUUCAGCUGGCUGCAAAGUUCUGCAGUUCACAGCAGCCCUGACAACCUCACUGGCCAUCUGGUUCGUGUUACACUUGGCGCUGCUCUACCACCGGAAGCUUUACCAGAUUGUCCACCCCUCGAGUGAGGCUGCAAGCCCGGACCAGCAGGAGCACUCCCUGAAGCUGGUGUCUGUGCUCUGGUUGGCUGGGGUGACUGUAUACAUCCCACUGGUGGUUUAUACCAGCAAAGCAGCGAGCUCGAACACAGGAAAUGGUACGGACACCUUGUCCACGAACAGGGUUUACGUGGAUUGCCUGAUAGACUUUGGAAACAGGCAGGUAGAAUUUUACUAUGGGAAGAUCUUUUUAGUUCUGAUUGAUGUUCUGCCUUUAGCCGUCUUAGUCUUUGUCUGUUUCUGGAUGUCUUUGCUCCUUUCGGAGAGAAGGAAGAUGACAUAUGGUGACAUCUGGAUUGGAGAUGAUGAUUCAGAAGUUGAAACCCUUAGAGGAGCCAAGUUCAGCAUUUUAUUAAUGUUGCUGAUCACUCCACUUUGGAUUUCUCACUUUAUCUUAGUCUAUUUCUUGAAAGACUUGGCAACGUGUGUCUUCACUCCAGCUGUUCUCUCAGUCCUCUCUUCAGGCUUCUCUGCUCUCAGUCCUUUCCUGCUUAUGCUGGUAAAUUACAAAAUGAAGUUGGUGUCCUUCUGUGGUGCCAAAAAGCAAAAGCCCAUGCCUCCGCCUGCAGAUGUUGUUGUUUCUCCGUAUGCUUAG